CAGUGUAUUACUGACUGCGGCGAGGCGAGCUAAGAAUGUUGGGUGAGCGUCCAGCAGUAUGAUAUGAUUAAUACCCAACAAAAUUAAGCUGCGUAGCAAACUGAGGUGACACAAGGUACUACGCUAAUAACGAGACGAAACAUCAGGAAAGAUGUUGGAGUCAUCCUUCGACUGGUCAAAAGGCGUGCGUGGGAGCUUCGGCGUAUUGGACUACGUGGUGUUCGGCGGGAUGCUGGCGACCUCCUUGGCAAUCGGAAUCUACUAUGCCAUCAAGAGCCGCAACAAGGCCAACGACGAGUUCCUCCUUGGCAGCCGAAGCCUCUCUUGCUUCCCAGUCUCCAUGUCCCUCCUGGCCUCCUAUAUCUCCGCUAUCCUUGUCCUCGGAGGUCCGUCUGAGGCUUACUACCAUGGCUUGCAGUGGUGGGUCAUCUGCUGCGGCCAGAUCGCUCUUCCUGUGGCCGCAGUUGUCUUCAUGCCCUUCUUCUAUGAACUUGGACUAACUUCGGUGUAUGAGUACCUGGAACUGCGCUUUGGGUCCCGCUGGGUGCGAUGUGUGGCUGGAGGGAUGUUCGUGAUACAGAUGCUGCUGUACCAGGCCGUCGUCAUCUACGCCCCUGCCCUCGCUAUCGCCUCCGUCACCGACUUCCCUCUCUGGGUCUCGGUCAUCACUGUCGGGGUCAUCGCUUCACUUUACACAUCCAUUGGCGGCAUGAAGGCGGUGGUGUGGACGGAUGUACUCCAGCUCUUCAUCCUCAUGACGGGACUCAUCUCCGUCAUCAUCAAGGGCCUCCUCGACCUGGGCAGCUUUCAGAAGGUGUGGGAUGUGGGGGUGAAGAAUGACCGAGCAGGACCUCAGAUAUUUACGUAUGGUUACAUCCCCCUACAGCGCCACACCGUCCCCAACAUCAUAAUCAGCGCCUUUGUCAGUAAGCUGGCCCAGUACUCGUGCACCCAAACCACCGUCCAACGGUACACCAGCAUGAAGAGCAUCACUCAUGCCUACAUGUCUAUCUUUCUUGUGAUACCCUUCUUCAUCCUCCUCAUCUCCCUCACCAUGGUGGCAGGUCUGGUGAUAUUCGCGACGUACGAGGGUUGUGACCCCCUGGCUGCUGGCCUCAUCACUCAGAAGGACCAGAUCCUGCCCUUCUUCGUCAUGGACCGCCUUAGUGUUGUUCCCGGCCUCACUGGACUCUUCGUCGCCUGCAUCUUUUCCGGAGCGCUCAGCACCAUUUCGUCUGGAGUCAACUCACAGGCAGCAGUGACCUGGGAAGACGUUUUUUCCACCAUUCCCAGAUGCGCCAAGCUCUCCAAGAACACUCAAGCCUGGAUCACCAAGUUUCUCGCCUUGGGUUACGGUCUCCUGGCAGUGUGUUUAGCAUUUUUGGCAGGGAACCUAGGCGGUGUUCUUCAGGCAGCUAUAGCUGUCACCUCCUCCGUGGCGGGACCUCUGCUGGCGGUUUUCAUCAUGGCCCUCUUCAUGCCUUUCACUAAUUCUAAGGGAGCUUGUGCAGCUCUGAUAAUAGGGACUGGGAUCGCUCUAGGCUUCAGUUUCGGCGGCACCGCUCUGGGUCUCAAGCCAGAGCUGUUACCCACUUCCACAGACGCCUGUCCGGCCAACCUCACAAUACCUCUACCUCCAGACACUCUACCAGUUAGAGUUAGUGACCUACCGUACCCACAGAAGAUCCUUGGGCUCUCCUACACUCAACUAGGACCACUCGGAUUAGUGGUGGGGUUAAUCGUCGGCGUCCUUGUUAGCCUCGCUACAGGUAUGUCAGGUGGUCGUCGUGUGGAGAGGUCGCUGGUACACAAGUGGGUGAGGUGGUCACUCCCUCUCCCCGUCGAUAUCACCGCCAGAACUAAAGCUCACUCUUACGACAACAAGAUGUCAACUCAUUUUUGAAUCCGCAACAAUUUUAUGUUUAAACUUUAUAGCCAGUUUUGAGGAUAUAUAAAUGUAGAUAUUAAUAUACCUGUUGAUUAUGGAUUAAAGGAGCAUUUAUGUUUGUUAUUAGAAUAACUUAGAUAUACAGUAUAUUGAAGAGAUUACUUUAUAUUAUUUUAUUAUUAAUCAUAUUCUAUAUUUUCUUCGGGU